AUAUUUUCAGAGAUGAAAGUCCUGUCUGGCAAGUUAGUUGGGCACAUCCUGUGUUUGGAAAUCUCUUGGCUUCAUGUUCUUAUGAUAGGAAGGUUAUUAUUUGGAAAGAAACUAGCAAUGGAUGGGCAAAACUUCAGGAAUUUUGUAAUCACGAUUCUUCAGUGAACGCUAUAUGCUGGGCUUCUCCAGACUACGGCUUGAUGUUAGCUUGUGGUUCAUCAGAUGGCUCUAUCUCAAUUUUAAGUAGUUCAGGUGAUGGAACGUGGGAAACAAAGGAAAUAAAUAACGCACAUACGAUUGGUUGUAAUGCUGUUAGCUGGGCACCUUCAGUCUCACCAGGAUCAUUACUAGAGCCUGGAUCAAAGUCAGGUGUUUUAGUGAAAAGAUUCGUCACUGGAGGAUGUGAUAACUUGGUAAAAGUAUGGAAAGAGGUUGAUGGACAGUGGGUGGAGGAAGAGGAACUAGAAGCACACAGCGACUGGGUUAGGGAUGUUGCCUGGGCCCAUAAUGUUGGUCUUCCUGUCAGCACCCUAGCAACCUGCUCUCAGGAUUGUCGUGUAGUAAUCUGGACAAAAAAUGAAGUUGGAGGAGGAUCAUGGACUUCAAAGGUUUUAAAAAAGUUUGGUGAUGUUGUGUGGCAUGUGAGUUGGUCAGUAACUGGAAACAUUUUAGCUGUAUCUGGUGGAGACAACAAGUUUAACAAUAUUUUCAGAGAUGAAAGUCCUGUCUGGCAAGUUAGUUGGGCACAUCCUGUGUUUGGAAAUCUCUUGGCUUCAUGUUCUUAUGAUAGGAAGGUUAUUAUUUGGAAAGAAACUAGCAAUGGAUGGGCAAAACUUCAGGAAUUUUGUAAUCACGAUUCUUCAGUGAACGCUAUAUGCUGGGCUUCUCCAGACUACGGCUUGAUGUUAGCUUGUGGUUCAUCAGAUGGCUCUAUCUCAAUUUUAAGUAGUUCAGGUGAUGGAACGUGGGAAACAAAGGAAAUAAAUAACGCACAUACGAUUGGUUGUAAUGCUGUUAGCUGGGCACCUUCAGUCUCACCAGGAUCAUUACUAGAGCCUGGAUCAAAGUCAGGUGUUUUAGUGAAAAGAUUCGUCACUGGAGGAUGUGAUAACUUGGUAAAAGUAUGGAAAGAGGUUGAUGGACAGUGGGUGGAGGAAGAGGAACUAGAAGCACACAGCGACUGGGUUAGGGAUGUUGCCUGGGCCCAUAAUGUUGGUCUUCCUGUCAGCACCCUAGCAACCUGCUCUCAGGAUUGUCGUGUAGUAAUCUGGACAAAAAAUGAAGUUGGAGGAGGAUCAUGGACUUCAAAGGUUUUAAAAAAGUUUGGUGAUGUUGUGUGGCAUGUGAGUUGGUCAGUAACUGGAAACAUUUUAGCUGUAUCUGGUGGAGACAACAAGUUUCAUUAUUGGCAACCAAGCUCGUUACUGGUGUUCAAAAACCCAGGAGGAAAGGAAGAAAGCAACCUGCGAACAAUAUGCUAA